GGUGCCUCGUGAUUGGCUGGAAACCCUGGGAUCGACGCUCAGGUCUUCCUCAGCAGGCGGCGGGCGAGGCUUGCUCUUCCUCCGCGAGCCGCUCGUCAUCCUGGUUGAGAGGCGAUGGCGCUGCGCCUUCUUUCCACUGCGGGCGCCUCUCUUCUGAGCAACGGCAGGAAGUGAUGGGUCGCCUGGCCGCGGCUUUGCUGCUUUAGCUCCGGCCGGCUUGUCAACGACGCUCCUCCUCCGGGGCAAGCCUCCGCCCCAUUCUGGACCUGGGACGGAGCUUUGCUGGUUGCAGGAUGGUCGGUCGAGAGCGUCGGGCAUGAGCCAGCGCGGGCGAAAGCGGGACAGGCCGCCUCCUCUUCCUCCUCCUCCUCUGUCGGACUGUGAGCGAAGAUAACAAGGGAGCUGCGGAGGGCGAGCGUGGCUCACGGGCGGAAGAAACGAGGGGAAGGGCCAGUGCUUCAAGAGAAGGAGAGAAAAGAAAUUUGUUUGUAGAUGCCCAAUCCAUAACAGACAGUAAUUCAAGAAGCACUUUGUGAUCAUCAAGGAGUUUUUCUAGAAGAAGCACUGCCCUAAUUUUUAAAGAACGGUGGCAGAAUGUCAGCAUUGGUGACAUCAGUACCAUUAUCUGCGGAUGAUAAUGCCACUUCUUUGUCUGCUCCCACGGCAGUGACAACAGUGGACAUUCUGACAACACCUUUGUUUUUAAAUGCUACCAACACUUCUGUGCCACACAAAUGCUUGGUGCUGUUGUAUGAGGACAUUGGCACAUCCAGAGUUCGUUACUGGGACCUUCUGCUAUUGGUUCCCAAUGUACUUUUCUUUGCAUUUCUCCUCUGGAAGCUGCCUUCUGCCAGGGCCAAAAUCCAUGCCACUUCCAGUCCCAUUUUUACCACAUUCUACAUACUGGUGUUCGUAGUUGCUGUGGUUGGGAUUGCUCGAGCUGUUGUUUCCAUGACAGUCAGUGCUUCUACUGCUGCUACAGUCACUGACAAGAUCCUGUGGGAAAUCACAAGAUUUUUCCUUCUGGCCAUUGAGCUGAGCAUGGUGAUUUUGGGCCUUGCAUUUGGCCACCUGGAGAGCAAAUCCAGUGUCAAGCGUGUCCUGGGUAUCACCACUGUUCUGUCGUUGGCCUACUCGGUGACACAGGGAACUCUGGAAAUCCGUUAUCCCGAUGCCCAACUCUCAGCAGAAGAUUUUAAUAUUUAUAGCCAUGGAGGAAGGCAUUUCUGGCUUGCCAGCUCUAGUUUCUUCUUUCUGGUUUAUUCAUUUGUGGUGAUGCUUCCCAAAACUCCCUUGAAGGAUCGGAUUUCUCUGCCAUCAAGGAAGAGUUUCUAUAUCUAUGCAGGAAUUCUUGCUGUGCUCAAUUUAGUGCAAGGUAUUGGCAGUGCUCUGCUCUGUGCAGGCAUCAUCGAAGGCUUGUGCUGCGUGGAUGCCACCACCUUCCUCUAUUUCAGCUUUUUUGCUCCACUAAUCUAUGUGGCAUUUCUGAAAAGCUUCUUUGGGUCUGAACCAAAGAUCCUCUUCUCCUAUAAGUGCCAGGUGGAUGAACCUGAGGAUGUUGAUGUGCAUCUUCCCCAUGCCUAUGGGGUAACCAAAAAAGAAGGGCCGGAUUCUGGCUUCUACUCCAGCACUCAGAUUGACACCACAGCAUACCUAGACGAUGUUGCUUCCAUGCCGUACCACGUGGGCAGCAUCAAUAGCAUUGACAGUGAUCGAUGGAAAGCCAUUAACUCCUAAAGGCAGAUGUGGUUGAAAGAAUAACUUUCUCUUGCACCCAUUGUUCCCUUCAGAUAAUCAUUUGGAACUCUUAACGUGUUUGUCUUCUCUUUCCUUGGAGGUGUUUUUUUAAAAAAGAUAUUUAAAUUCUGUAUGGAACAUAAAAUUGUAGUCUUCCUGGAAGGACAAUACUCAUCUUUGUGAGACAACAUACAGAUCAGCUUCAUUUCAGACAUGCAUAAAUGGUGACUUUUUCAUAUUCUUGGCAUUCCAAAUCUAGAUGAUUAGGCCUUUGUCACCUUUUGUUCUUGAUAAAAUGCACAUUCUACUAGGAAUAUUGACUGUUCCUUUGGAUAUACACCUGCACACAAUCAAUCUGAAAUUAAGGUUGGAAUGCCUUGUUUGCAUUUUAUUUUUUUAUGUUUGAUUUAGUUAUUAUUUAUGUUCCCGACAAUUUCAAAUUCCCAGCAGUAACCUUCAGUUUUGAAUUAGAGGAUAAUAGCAUAGUUCCUACAUUUUAGCCACUGAAGUAUGGUAGAAAUGGAGGUGAGAGAACUCUAGAAGCAUUUGAGCAUCUUAUAAUCUUCCCAGGGAAAUUGGGAGUAUAUUGUAUUUUAAAAAGAAUUUACAUAUAGAAGGAGAGAGAAGGAAAGUAGUCAGCAAGGAAAGGUCUCUGGAACACAUUGCUGUGCUACUAAACUACUGUGAUUUAUUGACAUGCAGGCAUGUUUCGUACACUGUAUAAUUUUCAAAAUGAGAAUGUAAUCAAGUCAGUGUUAUGGAAUGAUGUACUGUGAGACCAACCGCACUUCUGUGCAAAUGGGAUUGGGUAGGGAGAAGAUGGGUUUUUUUAGGAGCCUGUUUUAGAUAGUUUGCUAUUGAUGCUUGGGAUGGCAUCUAAAUAGAAUACAAACCCAAAGGUCUAGAUUAAAGACAGGCUAUUUAUAAUACUGGUUGUGUUCUGGGCCUCCAGGUUAAGACCCUAUUAUAAGAAUAGUGUUGGGCCUGUUUUUUUUUGUAACCUUUGGUAACACUUGGCUGAUUAUUGCAUUAGUGAUAUUGGUAAUGCCUGAAUUCAGAAGACUUCUGAGGGCUUUUCUGCGAGAUUAGUAAAGCAAAAGAAUGUUAAUUUCUUUAAUUAUUAUCAAGAUGUUUCUGGAAAGAGAAUAAUCUAAUAUAGGAUUGGCUUAACUCUGGCAGCAAGGAGAAAAAAAAUAGCAUAUCUAAAACGUUCUAAAAAGCUUGCAUUUUGUGCCCAUGCAUUAUGCCUGGCUUUUGUUGUUGUUAAUGUUCUUGGAACAUUAUGCAUAAUUAUGGGCACCCUUAAUAGUGUGUGAACUGUGGGUAACAUUGUUUGAAUAGAGAUUGGCCAGGGAGCAAAUAUAGCCACAGCUAAUUGGAUUUAAAAUUCCAUAAAGUAAGAAUGACAAACCAGAAUGUUUUUUUCCUGUUGUUACGAUGGCAUUAAUUCAGGAUCAUUUAUGUUACAAGUGGAUGAAUAAGGUUAGGAUUCCAGAAAUUCACAGCAAUUUUCUUUGAAAUCACAGCAUUUGCUUUAGGGAAACUUCUUUAAAACUGAGGCACAAAAAGAAAAAAAUAGUAUUUUGUCUCCUGAAUGCAGACAUGUUCUUCCCUUUGUCCUGAAAAUUCUGCCAUUUGUGAUUUCUGCUUGCCAAGACAACAGCAAUGUACAUGAUAAGACCUUGAUUUUAAGAGUUUCAAAAUUACCUAAAUUCAGAAAAAAGAAGACUCAUGCUUGAAACUGCUAUUUGGAAGUGUUGUUAAUGCAGAUUAGCAUUAAUCUGAUAUGACAGAGAACAAAAAAUUGUCUUUAAUUUUGCUGUUGGCCAGAGUAGCUAUUUCUGAACAUCACAAUUUGGUACUGUAAUUUGACUUGUUAGUGUUAGCAGCAUUAUUGUCUUGUGGUAAGAAAUCUUACAUAAUUUGUAAUUGACAUCUCAUUAAUCUUUAUGGUGUUAAUUGGAGUUACUGGUGGAAACCUCUGUUGGAAAAGGGAAUUUAUUGCAGCAUUAUGUGAGCUUGAUCAUACAAAGUUGUGUAUUCCCAGACAACUAGUCAAUUUUUAUUAAUUUCUCAAUUCCCCUACUUCUAUAGGAUAUCCCAAUCUCUUUUUCCUUCCCAGCCAGAAUGCCCCAAUAUCCUUACAUGGGCUAUUCUCACUAGAGUGUAUUGGUGUUAUAGACCCACAGACCUUGGAGAAAGCUUCCGGCACCUUAAUAUAGGUGCAUGUGAGAAAUGAAAGAAUUCUUAAUAUGAAGAUGGAUAUCUUGGGUAAUGUGAAUCAGGGUGAGAUGACAUUUCAGCUACCUUUACUAACCAUGUUCUGCAUCAGAUAUCAGCCAUUCGCUCAGUUAUGAUCACUUUUCCACUGUAGAAUCCUUUUGCUCAUCACCAUGAUAAUUUGAUUGUUAAAUGGCUUUUUAUAUAUCUACCUUUGUUUUCUGCUGCUGAGGAGGAACUGCACUAAGUGAAAGAAAUGUCUUCUUCCAAGCAUACUGAUUUUAAAGUGUAUAUAGUUAAAUGCCUUCCAUGUUCAGAGCAAAAUAUCAUUCAUAAACAGACAAUGUUUGUGGAGAUGAAUGUAUUGCAUGUCUCAUGAAAUGUUGGAACAAACUUUAAAAAUAAAGCUAUGUAUAUUUUUGUCUGUAAAAUAAAUGACCCUUGACAUAAACGAAGACCUCUCCCCCACCACAGAUGAUCUGCCUGCAUGUCCCCAUAUUUUUCUGCUAACCUUUUUUCAAACUAAGGUAGCCUGCUCUACUGUAAUGACAUGCUUUUAUUUUAAGGAAAAUAAGUCAUUGUUAAUUUUACUUUUCCUCAAAUCUGGCUAAGUUUUAGAGUGGAGUUUUCAGAUUGUGAUCACACUUUCAGAUAGGCCUCAGUGUCACAUCAGCCUGGAACUAGCUGGGUUUGAUAUCAUUUUAAAUUUUAUUAAACAAAUGUCCUUGAAGAAGAACAA